GUGCGCGCGGGCGGCGGAGCCGUCGGGAUGUCGCGUUACGGCCGCUAUGGAGGCGAGACCAAGGUGUACGUGGGGAACCUGGGCACGGGCGCCGGCAAAGGCGAGCUCGAGAGAGCCUUCAGCUACUACGGACCGCUGAGAACCGUGUGGAUCGCCAGGAACCCGCCGGGGUUCGCCUUCGUGGAGUUCGAAGACCCCCGGGAUGCCGAAGAUGCUGUCCGUGGACUUGACGGGAAGGUGAUCUGCGGCUCCAGGGUCAGAGUGGAAGUUUCCACAGGGAUGCCGCGCCGCUCCCGCUACGACCGGCCCCCUGCCCGGCGCCCCUUCGACCCCAACGACAGAUGUUACGAGUGUGGUGAGAAAGGCCACUAUGCCUAUGACUGUCACCGCUAUAGCCGCCGAAGGAGGAGCAGGUCCCGGUCCAGAUCCCGCUCGAGGUCCCGAGGAAGAAGGUAUUCCCGGUCACGCAGCCGCAGCCGUGGUAGGAGGUCCAGGUCAGCUUCCUAUCGUAGGUCCCGGUCCGUGUCUCCUCGUAGGUCCCGGUCUGUGUCUCCCCGCCGGUCGCGGUCGGCUUCCUUGAAGAGAUCAAGGUCUAGAUCAAGAUCCAGAUCUAGAUCCAGAUCUGUUACAUGGCCCCGAAGCAGGUCUAGGUCUCAUGGCAGAUCAAAGUCUGGCUCACCGGCUAAGAGCCGGUCGAAGUCCCGGUCACCGUCUCCAAAGAGAAGCCGUUCACCAUCAGGAAGCCCUCAACGAAGUGCAAGUCCUGAAAGAAUGGAUUAAAGUUAUGAAGUUAAUCUUUUAGGAAGAAAGCUAUUUUGCUUACAUUAUUAUAAGGGAUUUUGUGGUGUCUUUGUAAAUGUAAGAAUGUAGAUAGAAGAGUAUAUCAACUAAAAUUUGGCAUGAUCUGGGUCUUCUGAGUUAGUCACACCAAUAGACUAGCACAGGUCUCUUUUUAUUGUAUGAAUUAACUUCCUGUGAUACGAAAAUGUGGGACUUUUUUAUUGGCACAUUGAAAUAAAAUGUGUAUUUUUAAC